UUUUUGUCUUCAGUUUCACUGACCAGACAAAAUGUGUCUGCCUAGAGAUUAUACACAGGCAAGCAAAACAAAAAACAUAGAUGGUGCCAGAACAUUACCAGUACUACCAUUUAAAGCUGUUGACUGUAUUACACCAUAAGAGCUGAAACUCUGCAAACAGCUUGUGCAAAAACCUCCUAGUCUUAAAGGUCAUGACAUCAGCUAUUGACAACAUAAUCAUCGUAAUUAAGAAAUCGAGUUUUAGCCUAAUGGUGGAUGAUUCUUUUCCUGAAUAUAGGCAAAUUAUGUCUGGUUAAGGAGACCGUGAAGAGGAAAAUAGAUGGGAGAGAAUCUCCUUUACAAGCAGUCAAAUUAAGUGUAUGAGUAAUGGGAAAGAAACAGGUGACCCAGAGCUGUCGAGUGCAAAUCCAGUGUAUGAGAAAUUCUACCGGCAGGUUGAUGCUGCCAAUACUGGAAGAGUGUUAGCUUCUGAUGCAGCUGUGUUUUUGAAAAGAUCUGGAUUGACAGAUUUGGUACUUGGAAAGAUUUGGGACUUAGCUGACACUGAUGGCAAAGGUAUCCUGAAUAAACAGGAAUUCUUUGUGGCUUUACGACUUGUAGCAUGUGCACAGAAUGGACUGGAUGUUUCCCUGAGUAGUCUUAAUUUGCCUGUUCCUCCACCAAGAUUUACUGAUACUAACAGCCCUUUGCUGCUCAAUGCAACAGCGUCAAGUGAUGUACCAUGGGCUGUUAAGCUAGAAGACAAGGCCAAGUAUGAUUCUAUUUUUGACAGCCUAAAUCCUGUGAAUGGACUUUUGUCAGGUGACAAGGUGAAACCUGUACUCCUGAACUCAAAGCUGCCAGUGGAUAUUUUAGGACGAGUGUGGGAAUUGAGUGAUAUUGACCGCGAUGGAAUGUUGGAUCGAGAUGAGUUUGCAGUUGCCAUGUUUUUGGUGUACUGUGCUCUGGAGAAAGAACCAGUGCCAAUGUCCUUGCCUGCAGCUUUGGUGCCACCAUCCAAGAGGAAACCUCUUAUUUUUCCAGGAGCAAUGCCAUUAAUUCCAUCUUCAACAGCUACCAAAGAGUCUCAUCAGUCGUUGCCACCUGUAGGCAUUCUAGCUGCCAAAACACCAUUAACACAGUGGGUUGUAUCGCCUGCAGACAAAAUCAAGUAUGAUGAGAUCUUUGUGAAGACUGACAAGGACAUGGAUGGAUUUGUGUCAGGUGUGGAAGCCAGAGAACUGUUCUUGAAGACGGGACUGCCUUCUGCUCUUCUUGCACAUAUCUGGGCUCUUUGUGACACAAAGGACUGUGGAAAGCUUUCAAAGGAACAGUUUGCUUUGGCUUUUUACUUGAUUAAUCAGAAGUUAACAAAGGACAUUGAUCCACCUCAAGCUCUGACUCCAGAAAUGAUUCCACCUUCAGACAGGGGUGUCAGCUUACAGAAGACUGCUCAAGGACCGAGUUCUGUAGCAGAUUUUUCUGCAAUUAAAGAAUUGGAUACAUUAAACAAUGAAAUAGUAGACCUGCAAAGGGAAAAGAAUAAUGUAGAGCAAGACCUGAAGGAGAAAGAAGAUACCAUCAAGCAGAGGACAAGUGAGGUCCAGGAUCUACAGGAUGAGGUAAAGCAGGAGAGCAGUAACCUGCAAAAGCUGCAAGCUCAGAAGCAGGAGGCGCAGGAAAUCCUUAACGAUCUCGAUGAGCAGAAGGCCAAGUUGGAAGAGCAACUUAAUGAUAUCAGACAGAAAUGUGCAGAGGAGGCCCGUUUGAUUGCUGUGCUGAAGGCUGAAAUAACAAGCCAGGAAUCAAAGAUUUCAGCAUAUGAAGAUGAACUGACCAAAGCUCAAGAGGAGCUGAGUCGCCUGCAGCAAGAAACUGCAGAACUGGAGCACUGCAUAGAGUCUGGGAAAGCACAGCUGGGACCUCUUCAGCAACAUCUGCAGGAUUCACAACAGGAAAUCAAUUCAGUGCAGACAAAACUUCUUGAGCUGAAAGAACUGGAAAAUGACCAAUGUAGUUGGCACUCCAAGCCACACAAUACGCUUGUGAACGGAAAUGUGGAUCACCCCAGUCUUAGCAACAGCAGCAGUGAAACCACCAACCUCAAUGAAACUGCUGAAAAGGAGAGUGUAGCAGAAGAUGAACAAAUCAACAGUGUGUCUCCAGUACGGAAUAGUCCUGAAACAACAGCCUGUGUUGUGGAAGAAGAGACCUCAGCUGCAACUAUUACCAAAAAAGAAGAUCCAUUCAAUGCUGAAUCUCAUCCCUUGCCUGACCUGGUUUCUGAAAGCAGUUUAGAGUUCUUCCAGUCUGACCCUUUCGUGGGCAGUGAUCCCUUCAAAGAUGACCCUUUUGGGAAAAUUGAUCCCUUUGGUGGUGAUCCCUUCAAAGGUUCAGACCCUUUUGCAGCUGACUGUUUUUUCAAGCAGUCUUCCACCGAUCCUUUUGUGACGGCCGGCACUGAUCCGUUCAGCGCUGCAGACAGCAGCAGUAAUACCACAACAGAGAUAUCGAAGAAGAAUGACCCUUUUGCUCCAGGUGGGACAGCUGUUGCUGCAUCAAAUGAUUUAGCUACAGAUCCCUUUACCUCUCUGUUCGGAAACGAAUCGUUUGGAAGUGGCUUUGCUGACUUCAGCACCCUGUCAAAGGCCAACAACGAGGAUCCCUUUAGCUCGUCCACGUCGGGUUCUGUCAACAGCAUGGUCAUAACUAAAAAUAUAUUUGAGGAGCCACCAGCUAAAAAUGAGGAUGUUCCUCCUGCAUUGCCCCCUAAAACAGGAACUCCCACAAGGCCCUGUCCACCACCACCUGGGAAAAGACCUAUCAAUCAAAUAGACUCUUCAGAUUCCUUUAAAGCGAGCGAUCCAUUUCAGCCUUUCCCCACCCCAGACAUUCCCAAAGAACAAGAAGCAGAUCUAUUCUGUGAUCCAUUUGCUCCCACCAACAGCAGUAAAGAGGCUGACCCCAACAAUUUUGCAAACUUCAGUACUUAUUCUACUGAGGAAGACAUGAUUGAGUGGGCCAAGAGGGAAAGCGAGAAAGAAGAGAAAGAAAGAUUGGCAAGAUUAAAACAGCAAGAGCAAGAAGACUUGGAACUGGCUAUUGCACUGAGUAAAUCUGAAAUAUCAGAAGCAUGAAGUUUAGAUUAAGAUUUUUUGUGUUAAAUCAACUGUUUCUCCCUUUUUCUGAAUACCUAACCUGUUCAAAUGUUAAUUAGACAAGGAACUAUGUAAAGGUUGAAGUUUCUGAAAGUUGUGUGAAUGUUUCUGCUAAAUUGAAUCCUUUUGGUUAUCAAGUUGAGCAUUCGAUUUCUCUCAAGUUUUCAGGAGAACAAAGUACCUUUCCCAGCUGUAAACAAAUCAGUUUAAAGUGCAGUUAAGUGAGAUUGUAGUUUGACUGUCAGCAGUCAGUAAUUGAGCAUAAAGUGAACACAGCAAUUACUCUGCCGUGGCUGACUAUCUCCCAUCAAGCAGUUAGUCAUUUGAUACCUUUAUCUUUCUAAAGAGGCUUUAGUAAUGCCAGAGCUGUGGAGUGCUUUAUUUUAUAUAUAGAUAUGCAAUAUAGAUUCUUUUAUUUCUCCUCAUUGAAGAUCCCCGCAUUUGGAUUUGAAACGAUCUUCGUUGUCUGUGUCAGAAAGAGUGAGUCUUUCUGAAGACUUUAAUGCUUUUCUUGCAUGGUCAUAGGUUUUAAGACAGACUUGUUGUUUUGCUUUGUAAAGCAAGCAAGCUGGAGAUUCCUGUGCAUUUGCUAUUGGCCAGGAUCACUGUCACUGAGACCCCACUGCUAUUUGAGCCACUUGUGCCUGUGAAAUAUGCAGCUCAACUGGCAAGUUCCUAUGAUCAAUUUGAAAUCAGAUUGAGAAUAGAAAGGAGAAACAGGUAGUCUGGUUUUUCUUUCUUUCUUCCUUUCUUUUUUUUUCCUGUAUAUGUAAUUUAUUGUAUGCCAACUGAUAGUUGCACCUUAAAACCGAAUGAUUUCUUUAUGGUCACUGAAUUCAGAGUAGGAUUGAUAGAAUGUUAAUUAAAACUAAGUUAUUGUUCAUUCUGAAAGAGCUCUAUUCUGGAAAAGCAGUUUCAUUUAAAUAAUUUUUAAAAUAACAGUUUUGCCCUACCUAAGGAAAAAUAGAUGGCAACAGCAUACACAUCAAGAAUUUUUUUCCCUUGCACUUUUAACCUGUGGGUUUUCUCUUGAGGAAAUGGAAGCGUUUGAACACACAGCACUGAGGGGGAGAAGGGGAGAUCUCAGCCAUGCUUCAGUAUAUUUAAGCUCUUCCUGUGACCUCUCAGUGUUGCUCUUGUGUGAUUUUUAAUUUUUUUCGAGGGUAGUUUUUCAGGAAAAAUGGAUAACUUGACUAGGAUGUUUUUUUCUUUUGCACUGGAAAAUAAGCAUUCAAACACCUGCUCAAAAAAAAACCUUCAAAUUUUUGCAAGUAUUAAACAGUCAUAACUUCUCUGUAGAUCUUUGUAAGGAGUGUACACUAAUGUUGGCAAUCACAUGCUGAACUGGAUUACCUGGUUUCUUACCUUGUGUUACAAAUGUAUCCCCAGUGGACCAAUGCGCUAUCCUGUGUAUAUAUUAUGUAUAUGUCCCCGCUUUCCUUGACGGGAUUUCAACGUCUGAGUCACUGGAUGUUACAUUUCACGUUACUGACUCUGACUAUAGAACUUCUUACUCAGACUACCAACAAACCACUGCUGUGAGCUAAAUGGCAUUACUUUUAUGAAGUUUUAAUUAUUUGUUGUUUGGGGCUUUUGUUUUGUUUGUUUUUAAAACAACUUGUUCAGGUGGGAUUAGCCUCUAUUUAUAGACUUCCCUUUUGUUUAAAAAUUCUAACAAUAGCCUGUAAUUAUGAAUAAAUAAAGUUUAAGUACAGAAGUGUGAA